AACCGCGUGUUCCCAUGGUUUCUUACUCUAGGCAGGAAUUGGCAGGAAUGUUGAGAGUGCAUUAGUUAUUUGUUGAUAAUUAUUCGAAGAUUUCGACACAGAAUGGCUGGAACCAGUACUAGUAGCGAUGUGCCACAGUUGCAGAUCAGAUUCAUCACUAAGCAGGAAUGCUAUGCAGUUCCAGACUAUCCUCUCUCAGUUCCUGCUCCCAUCACUCCAGAGGACUUAAACACGCUCUUGAACACUCUCCUUCGAGAAACCGUCAAUCUCUCCGCUUCAAUCUCCUUCGACUUUCUCGUUUCCUCCGAGUUUCUUCGCUCGCCCCUCUCAACUCAUAUAAGCGACCGUGGUCUCUCCACCGAGGACGUUAUCCUCAUCGAAUACCUAGAGAAACACCCACCCCCAGAGCCCCAGAACUGCCUCCUCCACGACGACUGGGUAGCCUCAGUGGCAGUAGCUGAAAAAUGGAUAUUGACAGGUUGCUACGACAAUACUCUGCACAUUUGGACAGCCAAAGGAAACCACAAGCUAACAAUUCCCGGUCAUACAGCAGCGGUAAAAUCGGUGGCCUGGAUUUCCCUGACAGAUGAGCUCGGGAUGUUCGUAAGUGCUUCACAGGACCAAACGGCAAUAAUUUGGCAAUGGAAUAUUCACACCAACUCUGUGGAAUGUGUUCACGUCUGCAGGGGCCACGAACAAGGCCUUGAAUCAGUUGGUGUGAGCACAGAUGCUGAACACAUGGCAACUGGAGCUUGGGAUAACAUGCUGAAGGUCUGGGGAACGUCUGAGAAUGAAUCCGAUGAACCUGAAAAGAAAAAGGCAAAGGUUGAUAAAGGGAAGACGAGGGUCCCUAAGAGGACAAUGAAGGGACACAAAGAGGCGAUAUCUGGAACGGUUUGGGUGGAUAGGAACGAGCUUAUUAGCUCUUCUUGGGAUCAUACUAUUAAAGUUUGGGAUGCAGAACUAGGAGGAAUGAAACAUGAAAUUGUGGGCAAUAAGAGUUUCUUUGAUGUUGAUUUUUCGAGAAUUGGGAGAGUUCUUGUCACAGCCUCUGCUGACAGACAUGUUAGGAUUUAUGAUCCUCGUUCUAAUG